GGUUAUCCUGCCGGUUGCAUCAUUUCGUCUUCAUACAUUUAUGCUGACUAUCGCCUAAUAAAUCAGCGUAAAACAUGGUCGCAGGCUCAAAGUUACUGUCGAGAGAUGGGCGGGGAGCUGUCUACCGUCAGCGGCAUUGAUGACAUGAUGCGGUUGAACGAGGCGACGGGAGUCACAGGGGUGACAUCAGAGAUCUGGAUUGGUCUAAAGGAAGGUGGUGAAGAGUUAUGGUUAUGGUCCGUUGGAAAAACAUCAUCGGGUCAGGGCGUGGCCACAUACACGCAGUGGGCAAUUCCACCCAACUCCACACACCACUGUGGCAGCUUUACGGAACAUGGAGAAUGGCUGAGUGCCUGGUGUGGAACAGAGCUGCCAUUCAUCUGUCAGAAUGGUUUGUUAAACGUCACGCCCUUAAUUCUGUUUUUCUCCAAAUCUUUCGCAGGCAGUCAUAUGAGUGAUGUGACUGUUGUUUUUCAAAAUAAAACUUGGACAGAGGCCCAACGCUAUUGUCGAAGUCAUCACCUGGACUUGGUCAGCGUGUUGGACUCAACCCAAAACCUUGCACUUUGGGACGUGCUUUCUCAGAGUGACCUAUCAGCACCGCUAUACUGGAUGGGUUUGUUUAGAGAUAAUUGGAAAUGGUCAGACAACAGCAACAACUCUUUCAGAUAUUGGGCGCCAGGUCAACCAAACAACGAUGGACCAUGUGCGUUGUACAACCCCAGUUUAAGGGCAUUGAUGGACCGAGGCUGCACUUACCGCAUGCCAUUCUACUGCUCUCUUGGUAUUAGGUUUUAGUCUGAUCUAUUUCAUACGUGAUGACAGCAUUUAUUUAUUUACGCUCCACUGACACGAGAGACAAACGUGUUGAAAUGACGUCCAAUGUUUCUUUUUGACCGCAGAAA